UUGUGCUGGCGGGCAGUAGUUGGACCAUAGUGUUUUAAUAUAAGGCCCAACGGCGGAGGACAACUCACAAUGCUUUGGCGCGCAGGGCGGCGUUUUUUAUCCUCUUCUUAGGUUUUCCGCCGGGAACUUCCAAAUCCGUAUCGCAGCACACUCAAGAACUCCAAGAAAUUCACCAUUAUUGUCAAUACGAAGAACAAGAAGAAGUUGAAUUGAAACCCACUAAUUUGGUUGUUUCAAUACUCCAUUCUUGCUUCCUCCUCCUCCUUUUCACUCCUUUUUACGCAUGGCCGGUACUGGAAUCCACCCGUACCACCAGCAAUGGCCUGCCGCCGCCGCCGCCCCUCCUCCUCCUCCUCCACAAGCCGCUGCCGCUGCUCCCCCUCCUAUUCCCCACCCCCAUCCACCUCAGAUCCUCGUCGACAACCCCGGCCGCCAUGCCUCUGAUGAGGUUCGAACUAUAUUUAUAACAGGGCUUCCUGAAGAUGUAAAAGAGAGAGAGCUACAGAAUCUUCUCAGAUGGUUACCUGGUUACGAGGCUUCACAAGUGAAUUUCAAAGGUGAAAAGCCUAUGGGCUUUGCGCUCUUCUCCAAUGCCCAGUUUGCUAUUGCUGCGAAAGAUGCCCUCCAGGAUAUGGUUUUUGAUGCGGAGUCUAAGUCAGUGUUGCAUACUGAGAUGGCCAAGAAAAAUCUAUUUGUUAAACGAGGCAUUGUUGCUGAUGCGAGUGUUUACGACCAAAGUAAGCGAUUGAGAACAGGUGGUGACUAUGCCCACACUGGAUAUUCAAGUCCAUCACCUUUUCAUGCCCCUCCACCCCCUAUUUGGGGGCCUCAUGGGUAUAUGGCUCCACCACCUCCUCCAUAUGAUCCUUAUGGAGGUUACCCCGUUCCUCCUGUACCUAUGCCUGCUCCUGCUCCUGUACCAGCACCUAGCAGCUAUGUGCCUGUUCAGAACACUAAAGAUAAUCCUCCUUGCAACACCCUGUUUAUUGGCAAUCUAGGGGAAAAUGUAAAUGAGGAGGAACUCAGAGGUCUUUUUAGCGUACAACCUGGAUUUAAGCAAAUGAAGAUUCUGAGGCAGGAAAGGCACACGGUCUGCUUCAUUGAGUUUGAAGACGUGAAUAACGCCACCAAUGUGCAUCAUAGUUUGCAGGGUGCUGUUAUCCCUAGUUCCGGCUCUGUGGGCAUGAGAAUACAAUUUUCAAAGAACCCGUUUGGGAAACGGAAGGAUGCUGCCUACCCUGUUUCUGCUCCUGGCGUGAACGGAACUCCACAAGCUAUGGCAUACCAAUAGCAUGAAGGGGAUGUACUCUGUUCUUUUUGCUCCAACAAAUUCAAGCACUAGAUGAUAAGAUGCAUCUUGCAGCAGUUGCAUGCAUCCAUGAUCCAUUUCAUAUCAAGUCAUCAGCAUUUUCAUCUCCAUGGGAAUGAAUGAAUUGCUCAUUUUGGUGUCACAAACAUUCCAUUUGGAAGCAUGCUACUGUAGCACUUAUUUGUUACAUGCAUUUAUUUUUCAGUACCUGAGAAAAAUUUAAGUAGCUGGAUUACAUAGUAGGGCCUCAGAUAUUAUUAUCAUUUGUAGGAUGUGUGCUGUGCAUUAGUCCUAUUCUAUCUAUAUUGUUUGUGUAUGAGUAAGUAGCUAUUUAUUUAAAUGGAUUUCCUCGUUUAUUUAGAGCAUUCACAUAUAAAAGUUCAGUCACUUCAUCUCACCUGGCGCAAUUUCAAUUCAGGAGUUCCCAUAUCAUGGUGUCACUCUAGUAGGAAUGUAGGGCAAGUAGGCCACCAAACAAUUCAUCACGCCAUUACUUUAUUUUUCCAUUAACAUUCCCAUAAUCAUCACGACCACAUCAUACUUGGCCAGCAAUCAAUUCAUGGUGAAGUAUUCGCAUUGAGGGCUUGUUUGGAUUAACUUUCCAAGUGCUUAAAAUAUAUUUUUUGUCCACUUAGAAAGUCAAUCCAAACGGAUCCAAGACCAUUUCUUAAGCAUGGAAAUACAUAGUGGCAUUUACAUACAGGAUUGAAGUAUGAAUUGACCAGGCUACUAUCCAUUUGAGGUCCAGUUUCAGGUGCUAUCUGAAGUUUCUUUUCCCAGCAUUCAGGAAGGCUUCAAAUGCAUGGAGGUGAAUUGAACAUUGAUUAAGGGCGGAAGUGGAGAAGCGUUUAAUCCCCCCCUCCCCCAAAAACAUAAUUACUUGAACUGAAGCAACAACAGCACAAAAUUAUACAGGCCACAGGACUAUGAUUCAAAGAACCAGUUCGAGCCAUCUACUCGUCAUUGGCGAGUUUGCUGGAUGUAUCCAACUCGCUACAAAACUUGAGUGUGCAUGUUGGCUUGGCUAUGGUGGGCAUCAUAGUGGUGGGAUUGGUAGAAGUGAUUUGUUUGAUCAAGAUAUUAACUUAUUCUCAAUCAGGAUGGCUUUGUAGUGCUUUCAUGGAGUUGUCAUAUUUUUAAACUUCUACCUUGUUAGUGUUUUAGAACUGUUUCGUCGUUCCAAUCUCCUCCUACACAUAAUUAAGAGUUCCUUUAUGAAGUUAACGGACUUAUCUAUGGAAAGAUGAAAUGAAAAUAGGUGUGAUUCGUUC